CUAGACAUUGGAACUUGUGUAAGUUAGAUGUCAAUUGGCCACUGAACUCCCCUACCUGAAACGGCAACCAAUCCAGGGCGUUGUAACAGAGACGCAUACACUUACACUGCAAACAUCUGUGUCACAGUGGUUGACCAAUAGAACACCGGCAUGGAAAUUAUAAUCGUUAGCAUUUCAUCAAAACGUGGCGUUGAAAUUAGCAAAGACAAUGUGGAGUACUUUAAACUGUGCUCUGAUGGUGUUGGUAUUCUGUGUAUCAGCGGUGCACGCAGUGGCUAGCGAAGAAGAACAUCGCUGCGACGUUGAGCCACAUUUCCACCGUUCGGGUGAAAAGAGUCGAAUCACGGACACUGAAAGACGAGUUCUAGGGAUUUACCCGGCACAAGAUAGAAUACAUGAAGACGGUAGCACCGACUUGUUAAAACGGCCUGUGAAACCACCUUUGACCACUGCGGCUCCAGCUCCAAGUCAAUGUGAAGACAAGUUGAAAUAUCUUGUAGAAAACCUACAGAGUAUAAUCGAUACAUGUAGCUCUCUUAUUUGUUGUGGAGAACCAACACCAGAACCAGAACCCACGCCAGCGGUAUGUGCUGAUUACUGCUCGUGGCCAGAUGACGAAGAAUGCGAUGACGGUGGGCCAGGCAGCAGUCAUCAUGUAUGUCCAUAUGGCUCCGACUGCAGUGAUUGUGGACCGCGCCCUGUAUCCAUGGUUUGUAAUGAUGUCUGCGAUUGGGCUUACGAUGGUGCGUGCGACGACGGCGGUCAAGAUAGCAGCUAUAAUGUAUGUACGUUCGGCACGGAUUGCGGCGACUGCGGGCCGCGACGUGUUUUCUGCACAGACGACUGUCACGCUGCCAACGAUGGAUUAUGCGAUGACGGUGGACACGGCCAUAACGGGGCGAAUGCGUGCUCACAUGGUACGGACUGCGGAGACUGCGGGUCACGCUCAGCUGACGCCAUAUGCUGGAAUUCUUGUGGAUCGUCGUAUGACGGUGUAUGUGACGACGGCGGUCCCGACAAUGGGUUGUGUAUAUAUGGCACGGACUGUGCAGACUGUGGCACAAGAUACAUGCCUUGAAACACUAACUUUAACACCGGUUUUAGCGUUCUUUGAAAUGUUGGGACGGUAAAUGUUCAUGAAAUUAAAAAUGUACACAAAUGAGUA